CCGCGCACGGCGGCGGCGGAACGGCCGGGCGCUGCCCCGCUCCUCCCCGGCUCCCGGGACACAUCUGCGGGGAAAAACGGAACGGAGCCGGCGCGGGGCAUCGCAGCCAUCGCUGGCCCUGGGGACGGGGCCGCCAGCGCCGCGGGCGGGGAGCAGGGCGCCGAGCCCGUUCCUCCAGCACCGUGCCGUCGCCCCGCGCCGCUCAGCGCUGCCCUCUGCGGCGGCCCCGUCCCCCCACGCCGUGCUGGCGCCCGGUGCCCGGCUCUGGAGGCCCGGCUGCACACCUCCCCGCGCCUCCGCGUGUCCCGGGACCGACGUUCGGGGGCUGUGGGUACGGCAGAGGGUGGCACUGUGCCCGGCGAGGGGACCCCCCGCGGGACUCCGCAGCGGAUGGCGCAGCCGAGCCCGCCUGCAGCGCGCGGCCGUGGGCACGGUGCCACCGGCACUGAGCAGAGCCCAUCCCCGCGGCCCGGGGCCUGGCGAGCCGCGCGCUCCCCGGGGAAGGGGCCCCCGCCGGCCCCGCGGGCAGGAUGCUCCCCUCUCCUCUCCUCCUCUGCUUCCUUCCUCCCGGCCCGACCAGCCCUCCCCCUGCCCGCCAGCCUUAACCCUUUCGCCAACCCCGCAUUCCCAGAACCCUUUGUGCUGCGCUCCGCUCCGGGGCUGCUCUCCCCCCGGCCCUCAGCCCACCCCACAGCGCUGCGUGUGCAGUGGAGCCCAAGGGCCGCCGGGAAGGCGAGCGGGCGCUGCGGGCAGCGGGCAGAGACCCGCGGGGAUGGGCCGGAGCAGAGACCCCGCAGUGCGCACACAAAGGCGGCCAUGGCUCUGUGCUGUGCUGUGCUGUGCUGCCGAGCGGGAGCGCGGCGGCCGGAAGAGCGUCUGCAGGGAUGGUGGCAGCCCCACAACCGCGGGUUGGAUGGGGAGUAGUGCCGUGUGGGGCACCGGGAUGGGGCUCAAGGGCUUGGGCCACGCUGCGGGUGCCCGCGCGCUCUGCCCCCUGCAGCGGCACCAGGCCCUGCCCGCAGCAACCCCCUCCCUCCCCCCCCGCCCCCCCCACCCGAGCACAACAAGGGGGAACGAGGCGGGGGCCCAUCCCGGUGCGGGGCCCAUCCUGGCACCGUGGAACCCGCGGAGCUGCUCUGCGCCGCCACGCGGAGCCCUGCCCGCCCCCGGGGGGGUACUAAAUAAAACCACCGCCUUUAUUUUGGGAGUGUGGCGGCGCGGCGCAGGGCACGUGGCUGCGGGAGGAAGGAGGGAAAGGCGCUCCCGGGGCCUCGAGUGGCAAGGGCGUGGGGCCGCGAUCCUAUGGGGCGCUGUGCCCCACGCGGGCCACGUCAGGGCGGUGGCACAUCGACACGGGGACGGCGGCGGGGCUCCUCCGGGCUGACCGAGGUGGUCCCGUCGGGCCGCAGGGCGGUGCCGCCGGGCAGCGGGGCGCGGGGCGGCGCCCGAUGCGGGGCCGGGCUGCGUCCUGCCGCCCUCCCGCCCGUGCCCACCUGCGGUCACCGCUGGCGAUCGAGACGCCCGGCCGUAGCGGAGCCCCGCGGCCCCGGGAAGGAAGCGCAGCACCGAGCGGCCCCGCAGCCCCUGCCCGGCCGGGAAACAAAGGGCAGCGGCGGGGGGGAGAAGGGAGGGGGGGGCGGGCAGCGCCGCACCGCGCCGAGCCCCGCGGCGGCACGCGGCCCGGGCAGCACCGCCCCGGUGUGUGCCACAGCCCCGCGCUGCCCCCGGCUGCUGCCCCCCGCCCCGCGCCGUGCCGAGCCGUGCCGUGCGGUGCCGUGGCGCGGCGCCCGGACCCGCGCGGCUCGUGGCGGAGCCCCCGGCCUCAGCUGGAGGGAGCGACGGAGCCGCCGCCACCACCGCCCGGGGGACGCCGCCGGUGGAUGCCCGCCGCCCGGCAUGGAGCAGGCCUGCGAAGUGAGCCGCCGCAGCUGCCUCGUCCCGUUCGGCACCUCGCUGCCGGCCGCCGAGCCCAAGGGCGGUCCGUUCGGCGAGCCCCGCGGCCCCGAGCCGCCCGCCAUGCAGCUGGCGGCCGCCAAGCCCGGCUUCGGGCAGGACCCGUCCUCCUGCUACAUCCCGCUGCGCCGGCUGCAGGACCUGGCCUCCAUGAUCAGCGCCGAGUACCUCGGCGGCCCCGCCGACGGCGCUGAGGCCCUGCCCGACCCCGGCUCGCCGCCCCCCCGCGCCCCCGCGCCGCAGGAGCCGCCGGGCGGAGCCGGCCCCGAGCCCGCCGCGCUGGGCUUCCCGCUGCUGCUGCGGGACGGAGGGGACGACGAGGAGGAGGAGGAAGAGGAGGAGGAGGAGGACGACGACGACGACGAGGAGGACGACGACGACGACGACGACGAGGAGCCCGAGCACAGCCGCGGGGCCGGCAGCCCGGAGCCGCCCCGCCUGCAGCCGGCGGAGCUGCCCGGGUCGGACGGCGGCCCCGGGGAGGACGCGGAGCCCUCCGGCAGCGCCGCGGCCGCGCUGCAGCUCAUCCGAGCCAAGAAGAAACCUACUCCAGUGAAGUAUGAAGUUGGGGAUCUCGUUUGGGCCAAGUUCAACAGACGCCCGUGGUGGCCAUGCACAAUUUGUCAUGACGCAGUGCUGGACUGUCACUCAAAAAUGAAAGUUUCCAAUCGGAGGCCAUACCGAGAGUACUACGUGGAUCCCUUAGGAGAGCCUUCAGAGAAAGCCUGGGUUGCUGGAAAAGCUAUUGUUCUGUUUGAAGGAAGGCAUCAGUUUGAAGAGCUGCCUGUUCUUCGGAGAAGAGGAAAGCAAAAGGAAAAAGGCUACAAACAUAAGGUUCCCCAGAGGUUUAUGGCUAAAUGGGAAGUCAGUGUUGGACAGGCAGAAGACAUGCUUCUCGGGGGGCCAGAGGAUCAAAAGUGCAGCCAGAACUCCAGCGAGCUGGACAGCGAGAAGGAAGUGCAGUCGGAAUACUAUUCCAAUGGCCCUGGAGCCAAAAAGGACAGGCAGCUGAACGGCUGUUUUAAAUCCUUGGCGUUUGACUCCAAACACUCAGCCAAUGAAAAAGGAAAAUCGCACAUUAAGCCACACAUGAAAAAGAGCUCAGAGAGCAGAAAAAGGACUAGAGUAAAAAAGAGUGGCAUGAGAGAAGAAGCUUCCAAGGGAGAAAUCCAAGAAGAGACACCAGAGAGCAUAGUUAACAAUAUGAUUGUCGGGGACCUACCGGAGAAACAUGCAUCUCAUGAACUUCGCCGGAUUGCAAAGAGCAUAACAGCAUCCAACAGCACCAGGGAAAACCAUUUGCUCUCCUCCUUCGGAGAAAGACGUUUUGAAAAUAUAACUUUAAAGUCGGACUAUGGGAGUCAUAAAAGUGAUGCCCUGAAGAACACGCUCCAAGGGGAUUUGUUUUCCAAUGCAUCUUUGGAAAGAGAGAAAAGCUCCCUGGGCAUUCUGUGCAGCUCCAAGUUACAAAUACACUAUUCUGCAUCAGAGGCUGGUGUUGAGAAAAAGCAAACGGAAUCGGAUUCAUCCUCUUCCCUCUCAGAUGGUGGGAACAGUGAUGUAGAUACCAUGGACCAAAGUUCAGAGAGAGCCUCUAGCACUCUGGAAGUUAGUGAUUCUUCAGAUAAAAUGGAGAAGGAAUUUCCUAUGACGUCAAGUGGAAACAUUAAGCUUUCCAUGUAUUUUUCCCAGAAAAGCAGCAGAAGGGCAAGGAAGAAGUCAUACAGAGAUCGCAAACCUCUGGGAGGUUUGGUAACCAGCAGACUCGAUGCUGAAUUUGCACACAGGGAACUUGAAGGAGGCUCUUCCGAUGCUGAGAUGUCAUUGACAGCUCUUGAGUGCUCUUCAGAUGUGAGAAAUGACAAUCUUUCCCUAGCAAACAAGCACGCUACUCCCCAAAGUGUUUCCAAGGACAGCUCCUGGUCUGCUGUUGCAAAUCAAACAACCUUAAAACUGAAAAACAUGAAAUUGCCUCGGAUCAGGAGCAUAAAAUGCAAACAUAAAGAAAAGGUUGCUGGGUUGGAGCCUUCUCUUGCAGAAGAGGAGAGUGGCAUGAAUCACUGUUCUUCUGAUACCAAAGGUUUCUCUGGCCUUCAGAGAGAUUCUCUUCAGAGAAGCGGAAAAGCGGAUGGUCAGAAACUGCUAAACAACGUGCAUGAGAAACCCAGGGAUUCUGCUGAAAUAGAAACGGCCGUGGUGAAGCACGUCCUGUCAGAGCUGAAGGAGCUCUCCUAUCGGUCCAUGAACGAUGAUGUUGGGGACUCCGGCACUCCAAAGGCCACAGUACCUUUACUUUUCUCUUCCGCCUCCGGUCACGGUCGUUUGCCUAUUGAGCCAAAUUACAGAUUCAGCACCUUGUUAAUGAUGUUGAAGGACAUUCAUGACAGUAAGGCGAAAGAGCAGCAACUGAUGACUGGCCAGAAUAUAGUCCCGUAUCGAAAUACCGGCACGGCCGAUGGUUCUGGGGGCAAUUCUGCGAGCAGCCUGACAUCCCUGUCUAUCGUCGGUCCCCCAUUUAAAAUAGAGAAGAAUGGAGAUUGUGCCCAGGAAACGGUCAGUCCGAACUCCUCCAGUAUAAGCAACUCCUCGUUCUCACGCAAUCCUCCAGCCAAGUUACCGGGGAGUGGUACUGGUAAAAGGGAGCCCGCGAAUGCCGCUGUUUCUGGGACAAAUGGCACAAAUUGCGUGCCCAAACGCAACUGUUCAAAAUCUAAGCAGUCAACAAAGCUUGGAGAUAAAACAGUUUCAAACAGAAAGGACUUAAAACCAGGAGGGCCAAUACAUUCAGAGAGGAAACGCCUUAGAAAGCCAAGUAAACGGCUUCUGGAAUAUGCAGAAGAAUAUGAUCACUUAUUUGCACCCAAGAAAAAGUCAAGGAAAAGCCAGGAGCAAUUGAGAAAGGUGAAUUCUGUGGCAAGAUCUGGAUUUGAAGGAGGUCUUCCUGCACAGCGCAGUCCUGACAGAGAGACGCAGCGGGGGCCCAGUCCUUUGGUUUCAACUCCAUUUUCAACCAAAGAGUCCCCUCCCAUCCUUGAAGCUGAGUGCUCCUUCUCAGAACUAGAGCCCCACGCCUCUGAUCCCAGUGAGCAGCUCAUAGAAGGACAGUCUGAUUUCCCAGAGCUCGUGCUGUCUUCCUCCGACGUUUCUGAAGUUUCUGCUUCUCCAGAUGCAGAGGAGAGAUUCCUGAAGUCAGGAAAUUUUGAGAGCAAGCGUCAAAGGAAGCCCACUAAAAAGCUCUUGGAAUCCAAUGAUUUGGACACUGCCUUUAUGCCAAAGAAGGAGGAGUGGACUCCCCCAAAGAAGGGCACUGGCCCUUCGGAGAGCGACAGCUUGGAGCUGUACUCACCGGCCCACUUCCCAGACCUGGGAGAAGCUUCUGAAAAGCUUUUGGAGAAGCAGCGCAAGCGGAAGAGACCGCGCCAUUCCUCUGCUGCAGUACAUUCCAAGAAGGAGAAAAAUGGGGAGAGGCUGGGGGAGACCCCACGCUCUGAGGGGGAGACGUUGGUUCAUGGGACUUCAACAAGCCCCAAAGGGGGACACGAAGAUGGGUCUGAGAAUGACCACGGAGUGCCUUCGUCCAAGAAGAUCCAGGGGGAGCGUGGAGGAGGAGCAGCUCUCAAGGAGAACGUGUGUCAGAUCUGUGAGAAGCCAGGAGAAUUGCUGCUGUGCGAAGCUCAGUGCUGUGGUGCUUUCCACCUGCAGUGCCUUGGGCUCUCUGAGAUGCCAACAGGCAAAUUCAUCUGCAAUGAGUGUUCCACAGGAGUCCAUACCUGCUUUGUGUGCAAGAACUGCGGGCAAGAUGUGAAACGGUGCUUACUGCCCCUCUGUGGGAAAUACUACCAUGAAGAGUGCAUACAGAAGUAUCCACCCACGGUCACACAGAACAAGGGCUUCCGAUGCUCUCUGCACAUAUGCAUGACUUGUCAUGCUGCUAACCCAACGAACAUCUCUGCAUCUAAAGGUCGCCUGAUGCGCUGCGUGCGCUGCCCGGUUGCGUACCACUCCAAUGACUUCUGCCUCGCUGCUGGGUCUGUGGUCCUCGCCUCCAACAGUAUCAUCUGUCCCAAUCACUUCACUGCACGAAGGGGCUGCCGCAACCAUGAGCACGUCAACGUCAGCUGGUGCUUUGUCUGCUCGGAAGGGGGCAGCCUUUUAUGCUGCGAGUCGUGCCCGGCUGCAUUUCACCGUGAGUGUCUAAACAUUGAGAUGCCAGAAGGAAGCUGGUACUGUAAUGAUUGCAAGGCAGGCAAAAAGCCACACUACAAGGAAGUCGUCUGGGUGAAAGUUGGGCGCUACAGGUGGUGGCCAGCUGAGAUCUGCCAUCCCAGGACAAUUCCUGUCAACAUCCAGAAAAUGAAGCACGACAUCGGCGAGUUUCCUGUGCUCUUCUUUGGCUCCAAAGAUUACCUGUGGACCCACCAGGCCCGUGUGUUCCCAUACAUGGAAGGUGAUGUCAGCAGCAAAGACAAGAUGGGGAAGGGCGUAGAUGGCAUAUACAAGAAAGCUCUUCACGAAGCUGCAGUAAGAUUUGAAGAACUCAAGGCACAGAAGGAACUGAGACAGCUUCAGGAAGACAAGAAGAAUGACAAGAAACCUCCCCCCUACAAACACAUCAAGGUGAACCGGCCGGUGGGAAAGGUGCAGAUCUUCACCGCAGAUCUGUCUGAGAUACCACGUUGCAACUGUAAACCAACAGACGAAAACCCGUGUGGCCUGGACUCCGAAUGCAUCAAUCGUAUGUUGCUCUAUGAGUGCCACCCCCUGGUCUGCCCGGCGGGAGAGCGCUGUCAGAACCAGUGCUUCUCCAAGCGGCAGUAUCCCGAGGUACAGAUUUUCCGCACGCUGGCACGAGGCUGGGGCUUACAGGCCAAAACAGACAUCAGAAAGGGUGAAUUUGUUAAUGAGUACGUUGGGGAGCUAAUUGAUGAAGAGGAGUGCCGAGCCCGAAUCCGUUAUGCCCAGGAGCACGAUAUCACCAAUUUCUACAUGUUGACACUGGAUAAGGAUCGAAUAAUUGAUGCUGGUCCGAAGGGCAAUUACGCUCGGUUCAUGAACCAUUGCUGCCAGCCGAACUGUGAGACCCAGAAAUGGUGUGUGAACGGUGAUACUCGGGUUGGGCUCUUCGCAAUUGUAAAUAUCAAAGCUGGGACUGAGCUGACUUUCAACUACAAUCUGGAGUGUUUGGGAAACGGAAAGACGGUGUGCAAAUGUGGUGCUCCAAACUGCAGUGGCUUCCUAGGAGUGAGGCCAAAGAGCCAGCCCACCCUCAGCGAGGAGAAGUCCAAGAAGCUGAAGAGAAGGCCGCAGAUGAAGCGCAGGUCGCAGGCGGAGGUGAUGAAGGAGCGGGAGGAUGAGUGCUUCAGCUGUGGGGACGGGGGGCAGCUGGUUUCCUGCAAGAAGGCAGGCUGCCCCAAGGUGUACCAUGCUGACUGCCUCAACCUGACCAAGAGGCCCGCAGGAAAAUGGGAGUGCCCGUGGCAUCAGUGUGAUAUGUGCGGUAAGGAAGCAGCUUCCUUCUGUGAGAUGUGCCCCAGAUCCUUCUGCAAGCAGCACCGGGAAGGCAUGCUCUUCAUCUCCAAGCUGGACGGACGUUUAAGCUGCACAGAGCACGAUCCCUGCGGGCCUAACCCUCUAGAGCCAGGAGAAAUCCGUGAGUAUGUCCCUCCCAUGGGAGCACUGACUAACGGCGACGACACCCAGCCACCAGAGCAGCCGCCCGCAGAUACAGACCCGAGUAUUCAGCCUUUGGACAGGCUGCCUCAGUCUGUGGCCUUCAAACUGCAGUCACCAGAAAAGCCCCCCGCAACACUAGCGCUGAGGCUGCCACCGUCAGAAAAACCCCCCACCACCUUAGCCCUGAGGGUGCAGCCCUCAAACAAACCCCCCACCACCCUGGCCCUGAGACUGCCUCCACCGGACAAACCGCCUGCUGCCCUGGCACUGAGACUGCCACCGUCAAAUAAACCCCCCACUACCUUGUCACUGAGGCUGAAGCCAUCCAACAAACCCCCCACCACCCUGUCGCUCCGGCUGCAGCCUUCGGACAAACCUCCCACCACGCUGUCACUCCGCCUGCAGCCGUCAGACAGGCCCCAGGCUGCCCUGUCCCUAAGGCUGCAGCCGGAGAAGCAGCCUGUCAUUUUAGCGCUGAAGCCUCAGCAGCCUGACAAACCUCCCACCAACGCGGUGCUGUGGCCACUGGAUGAGUCGUCUGGCGAUGCCUCGGAGCCUCAUCUGCCGAGCAAAUCUCCUCCGGGAACUCCGCAUUCGUUGGACGGGUCGCUGGUUCCUGCUGGUGCCCUGCUCCAGCUGUCGGAUGAGCCUCCUGCCAUCGCUGAAGUUCUGGAGUUAUCGGACAAGUCUCUCAUUGACACCGAGACCCAGGAGAUAGAGCUGCUGGAUGAGUUUCCAGCCAAAUGCCUGCAUCCGCAGCUGUCAGACAGACUUCUCGCCACGGCGGGGACCCUGCAGUCCCAGCCGGUGGAUGAGCCUCCUGUGGCCGAGCAGCCUCAGCUGCUGAGCAAAGCUUCUGCCCAGAGUCCGCAGCCUCAGCCCGCGGAAAAGUCUCCCAGCUCUGCAAUUCCACACAUCCCAGCAUCGGAGGAGAUUCUGAGCCCUGAUGUUGAGGUGCUGUGGCCUCUGCCCAUUGAAAACGUCCCCACCUCCCCAGUGUCACGAAUCCUGCCCAUGGAGAAGGCUCCUGGAUUAGGUGUGUUACGACUCCCACCUCCAGAGAAGGCUUCCUUCUCCGGGGCAGUGCGAGUCUCGGCCGUGGAGAAGGCUCCCAGCUCUGGGGCACUCCAUGCCUUCGCUCCAGAGAAGGCUCCUGCCUCAGGGAUGCCACGGAUCCUGCCCUCAGACAAGGGUCCCAGCUUAGGGGUGUCGUGGCCGCUGUCUCUGGAGAAGGCCCACGGCUCCCGGUCACCGCACAUCCUGCCCACAGACAAGGCUCUGGGCUCGGGGGCUCUGCGGAUCCCGCUCAUGCAGAAGGUUCUCAGCCCCGGGGUGCUGCGGCCUCUGCCUCUGGAGAAGGCUGCCGAUGCCGGGGCCCUUCGGCCCCUGCCUCUGGAGAAGGCGCUUGGCUCCGGGGUGGCUCGGCCUCAGCUCUUGGAGAGGCCCCCGUCUCUUACAGCCACGUGGCCUCAGGCAUCAGACAAGCUGGCCGCUGCUGUGGCUCCUCGGCCUCAAGCUUUGGACAAACCCCCGGCUGCCUCAGCCCCGAGGCUGUUGCUGUCUGAGAAGGCUCUGCGGCCCGUCGACCAGAACGCCCAGCCCAAGGAGAGGGGAGCCCCGGCUGCAGAGCUGAGCCCCCAGCAGAAGGAGAGGACCAUGUUAGCUGGCGAGCAGAUCUCUUGGUCUGCUGGAAAGGCGGUGGCGCACGUUGGACAGGUACCUUGGCCCACAGAGAAACUACAGACGCACGAGCAAUCCCACUGGCCCACUGCAAAAGCCCUGACACCUGCAGAGCAGUCUCCCCGGACAGCAGAGAAGCUACCAGAGCCGACUCUUCAGCCUAGCUGGGAAGUGGCCUCGGUCCCCGCAGAGCAAACCCCUUGGACAUCAGAGAGAUUGCGCGUGUUUGAGCAGACUCCGCGGCCUGCCAGGGAAGCACCCGUGCCCCAGGAGCAGACGCAGUGGAUUGUCACAAACAUUCAGACAAUUGAGCAGAUUUCUUGGCUGUCUGGAAAAGUACAUAUUCCUCGGGGGCAGGACCCUUUGCCUGAACAAAACACAGCGCUAGCUCAUAACCAGGAUUCUGUCUGUCACGAAUUGGCCGACUCAGAGCCAAAGUGAGGUUGGUGAACGUGGGAGGCAGGUUCCAGUCUUUUAAUGUUUAGGGAGGGGGAAAUUCUUUGUUUCGUUUUUUUAAUCACUUCCCUGAGCCCAGCCCCUAACCCAUGCACAUCCCAUCUGUAUUCUCUCGUGACAUGAGCAAGGACAUUCACUUAAGUCUGAGUGUGGCCCAGCCAAAGGGAGAGAGCAUCCGUGACCUUUUCCUCUUCCUUUUGCGAAUGGUAAAGCUGAAAUAAAGAGUCCACUCUGGGUAAAAUCUCAAAUUUCCACUGAAAUGGUCACGUUACUGAUCCAGCGUGUUCAAGCUCCAGGUCCAAUUCAUAGGCAGGUUCCCCAGAACAGCGAGGGGCCUCGCUCUUGUUGCUUAGAGGAAGCAGACCAGUGAGGCUGCCCCGGGGUCAGAGAUGCCGCAGGGAUCGGUGAGCAGUCACGUGUACUCUCGCCAGGCUCUGUAGAAGCGGGGACGAGGUUUGUCUGUUGUCUGCCCUGCAGGGUUUUGCUGUGUGAGGUUUGUCCGUGUGUUCGCUGGGCUGUGCCACGUGCACGCUUCACUGAAGGACAAGCGUCAUCUCCAGCUGAGUUAGGAGAGGAGCCUGCUGCACCUGCUCAGCGCAGUGUUUUCCAGCAAUAUGCAAUACGCACGUAGGCUCCUUUACGCAACUGCCCAGGUCCAAGAAACAGGGAAUCAGAAGGAAGUGAGGGAGAAGAGAGAUCUUGGAAGAAGCCGUCUGGCAGUCUUUUUCCUUCUUGUGUCUUAAUCCCUUAGCACAGGCCAUGCAGAGUGUUUCCUGCACUCGGCAAACACCGCGACCUACCGAGCAGCAAUAGCAGUCAGGCAGAGCGAACUCCCCACGGUGCUGCGCGGGGUGCCGCUGCUCCCUCUCCAUUUCCAACCACUCUUCUCGACUGGUCACCGUGAGCCAGCAGAUCGCAGUCUUCUCUCCCCUUGCCUCAGGUGUGUUCAGGAGGUGUUUGCAUCACACCGGGUCUUCCAGCAGCACGAUGCGUUGUGGAGCUGCGAGCGAAGCCUGUGUUGUUUGCUCUGCAGCACGGAGGCGAAGGGGCCGUGUCUGUACCGGGAUCCACCUCAACACCUUCCCCUGGGUGACUUCUGGCUUAACUCGCCUACAACCAAAGGAGACUUGAAUUAACUGGAUUAUGUUGGUGUGCGUGUGUGUAUGUGUGCGCGUGUGUCCUUCCAACCCAAUCGUAGUUCUCACACUGGAACACAGUGGGCUCUAGCAGCUGGCUGGCUUGCUUUUUAACUCUUCUUCCUUUUCCAGUUGAGGAGCUGUUUUGUCACCUGGUGGGUGCCCAGACUAGGCCUGCUGUGCAAACAGCUUUCUCAAGCAUUAAGGUGGCAGAGUGCUGGGCCGUGUACAGGAGCGUCCCGGUGCACUCUGAAGCAGUGUGUGGUGGGCAGCGCCUCGGGCACGGCGCGGCUCGGCCGCCUGCUGAGGGAGCCUUGCUAACCCUGUGUGCCCUCCUGCUCUCAACACCUGACCUCCGGUAUGCCUGAGCUUUGCUGGGCAGGCAGCACCGCUGCGGCUCUCUGUGCCCACCGCCGCUCCCACGGAUCCUUCUCGGUGGGGCAGAUCUGCAGGGCGCUCAGGAGGGGGGGGUUCUGCUCUGGGCUGACCCUUUCCCGUUGACGUGGAAGCAGGUCCUUGGUCACUCUUGGUGUGCGGGUGCUUGCUGCUCCCAGAGCACGCGGUCGCAAGCUUCGCAGUUGUCUUUGAGGGGAGGCAGACACUUGUACCGAGACAAAUCCCGAUCCAUUCUCCUUUCCUGGUGUGUGCACCCCACGGCAGCGUCCUGUUGCCAAGGCCAGGCGUGCCGGGCAGGACGGGACGUUAGCAAUGAGUGGUGCAUCUCUUCUUUAGUCCGAAUCAUUUCAGAUCCUUUAUAGAAUAGCUAGCGACUUCACAAAGCUUUAUGGCUUAUGGAAACUUAAAUGUUUAAUGAUGUUUUUUUCCGGGAAGACUGGCAGGUCCAUUCCUGCUUGCUGCUGAAACGGGAAAUGCAAGCAGCUCGUGUUUCUGCACGACUCCUGCACAAAGGGAAUCAGGACAACUCCUCAGAGCCAUUGAGAGAGAAGAUAAUCUAAGGGCAUUUUAACUUUUCUAAACGAAAUAAAAAGUGGUCAUGAGGAUAAGUAUAUUAAGUAUUUAUCAUGUGUGAGAAGGAAAAUAAAUCUUGAAUUCUCAUUUAUAGGCCUUCCCAUGAGCUGGACGUAGUCAUGUAGAUUGUGUAAGUAGGGUUACCUCCGUGCCAGCCGCCCCGCCAGCUCCAGCUGUAACCAUGCAGGUAUCUGCACUGCUCUGUCCGACUCCGCUUUGCUUUGUCACGUGUUAACUAGUUAUUUGUUUCAUGAAAAAUAAACUGUGAAUAUUUUUGGUGCAGGCUUUUUUAAAUCUGUAAGACAGAGGAGUUCUCGAUGAGUUCUCGAUGAAUUCACUUCUGUGAGUCAUGUGCUCCGAUGGUAGGGUGAGGUCCACCGCAGCACAGCCUUUCCCGCAGCGAGCAGUUGUCUUCGCGCUUGUCUUCAGCAAUGAACGCAGACCGAACUGUUGCAUGGCAUUUCAAAACCACGGCCUUACUCCUUGCAGCAGGCUGUGCCCUGCCUCUCUUCUUCUCUCCCUUAAUGCCUUUUCCGUGAAGAUCCAAGCUCCCACCUUGCUCCCUUCCAGCUACAUCGGAACGUUGGCUUCAGUGAGCUGCCCUUCCCUCCCGGCCCAGAUGGGUGAUGCCAUCAGAUCAGGAGAGCUUCUCAGACAUCCACAGGGCUCUGUGUGUUCGUGCUUUUGGGAGUGACUGUUCUGAGUCACCCCAUAAAAUGUCCCGACCGAGUGUGGGGAAAUGUCCCCCGCUGCUCCUGGCCUGCCCUCACCUGGAGGUGGUAGGAGGAGGUGGUUGGUAGGAGGAGGUGCCUCUCUCUGGUGGUGGCAGCUGUGGUGGCAGCUGGUAGCACAGCUUUGGAGGCGUGUGCUGAAGCAGCCGGGCUCAUUUCCUGCAGCUCUUGGCUGCCUUGCAGGGUUUAGCCAGUUCAAAUCAUGGGUUUGGUUAACGUAGAGAAGUGCAACAGAUAACACGUAGCCCUGGUAGGCUGCUCGUGCAGGAGGAAUGGCUGAAAGUCUGCUCCAGCCUCCCGUGGUGCUGCAGGUGGAGGUUGGCCAGCUUUUCUGCAGCGUGACAGCUCCUGUGCUGCAACAACAGCACCUUUUUUACUGAGAGAUCUGAUCAGGGGGUGAGGCCGGGGCAGCUGCUGCUUCUGUGUUCCAGGAUGCUCACAGAGCUCCCAUGGCAGUGCGCUUGUAGGUUUGGCCUCACUUCCCAUUGCACAGGGGGCUGGAAUCUUCGGUAGCCAGGCACGUGCUUUGCCUGUGUGCUUGCUGGUGGGCCGGGCUGCCCCUGCUCCAAGCAGUGCAUUGGGUUAGCUGCUGCGGCCGUAGUCGCUCAGCAUGGCCCCAUGCGGUGCCCCACUGUGCGCCUUGGCUGGUGGAGGAGCUCGUGUGGGCAGGAUCCGCCCGCUGCGAGGUGCUGGGGGCUGUGACCAACCUCCUGCUGGACUCAGCCCCUGAGCUCCAGGUCGUGGGGCUGUGCUCGGCCUGGGCUCUGCUGAAGCUGGUGGGAAAGCGGUGCCGUAAGGGGUCACCCCACGCCAUCCUCCGGUGCCCGUAGCUCACGUAGCUUUCCUUAUUGCUGCUCUCAGCUUAAACCUUUUCCUCUUUACAAAAAAAAAAAACAAAACAAAAGCAGAAUGACUUCCAUGCACAAACCAUCCAGCUCAUACUGUGGGUGCAUGCAUCGCAACGCGGCGUUAACCCCCCCAGGCACGGGCACGGCUUAACAGGUGUGCCCAUUGUAUGUGGGAGAUGAGACAUGUGAUUAAAGCUUCGGAACAGUCCUGUACGGAGGCGAGGAGAUGCGGGUUGGGGUACCAGCACAGCUGCAGCCGUGUUUCAUGGGGGAAAAGAAUAAAAAAGCAGCCCUAAAUGUAAUGCCUCCUCAGCUGCUUUAACCCAAACGCGCCGUGGUGUGCACUGCUCUGCACUGCUGGUGCCGGGCUGCUGUCACAGCAUUACAGCGGGGCGGAGGUGUCGGUGUGAGCAACCUCAGACCUUCAACGCUUUGUUUAGUUUUAAUUUCAGCCUUACCGUCUGGUUUUGCUUGGUGUUGGGAAUAACCGUGAUUGUAAGCUGCUUGUAACGUGCUUUGCCCUGAGUUACCGCCCAGUCUUUCCAGCCUUUGCCAGCGAGCGAAUGUUGAAGCAAAGUGGCAAAACGUGCAGCUGCUCUGAAAGGAAGCGAUGGAGGCGGCCGCCCGCGCCGUGGUUUGGCCGCCCGGGCUCUGUGCUGAUCACUCCUGCAGCAGUGAUGUGGUGGGGGCUGCCGGGGGCGGUGGGUUUGGGGACGCCCCUCGGGCAGCACGUGGGAGGAAUUCCUCCAGCAGCGAUCCCAUCCGAGUCGAGGGCGGCGGGACGGCGCGCAGCCGGGCUGGGGGAGUAGCGGUGAUGGACAGUCCCUACAGCACUGAAUCUACCUCCUAGGGAAAUCUGAGAAAUGGGUGUUGCUAUGUCCUAUUUCAAGGUAAAGUUUUAACCGGUUUGCCCUUGGUUAAGCUCUUGGGCUAUCGUGGUGCUAUUGUAAAUCGUUCGGCAGCUUAGCACAGUAGGGCUGAACUCACGGCUCCCAGCCCGUGGGCCGGAGGGCUGUCGCUGGGGCUGGGCUUCGGUGUGCGCGACCGAAACAGGGCAAGGCACGUCUCCUGUGCCGGGGGAGACCACGUUCCUCCCAUCUGUGGUGGCUCUGAGCCUCGCAGCAGCGCGCCCCGUGAGCGCAGGGGGCGAGCGGAGCCACGGGAAGCAGCCAGGCAUCCGCUAACUGCAUGUUCUGUGUGUCCGUUUGGUACUGAGCUGGUUUCAGUUUUUGUUUUUCUGAUGUUUCCGAGUUGUUGACUUCAAGGAAAUGGGUUUUGUGGUUUUUGGGUUUUUUUUUUUUCUGUUUUUUGUUUUGUUUUGUUUUGUUUUGUUUUGAAGACACUGGGAACUUGUGAGAAGGGGAAGCAGCAGCAGCACUGGGGAGCUCAAGGGGAAGCUGGGCUGGAGCUGGGGGUGGCUCUGGCCGGUCAGGGGGAUGAGAGUGGCUGUGUCAGAUACUGUGCCUGGUUCCGAGCAUCCUCUGUCAUCCAGUGGUGCUCUGGGCUGGGGUCCCGGGGAGUGUGGCCCCAUCCCAGCUCCGAGGGGACGCCCCUGGGCAUGCAGAACCAAGGGAGGGGGUGCCCUUGCUACCUAUCCCCCUCCCUUGCUGCCAGGGAGGGUACGAGGGGACGCAGUGUGCUCAAGGCCGGGCUGUGCUGCCUGUGGGGUGCUGACGGAUGGAGGUCUGUGGCCCUCAGGCCCUGCCGAAGGGAGCAGUGGCUGCAGUGGCGGUGCCCAUCCGGGGGGCUUUGGGGUCGCGUGGUCACGCCGAGCUGUCCGGGUCUCACGUGUCAGUUCUAAGCGGGAGUGCCAGAGCGGGUGAGAGAAACCUACAUAUUUCCAGCAUGUAUAUUAUUUUUAGAAGAGGGAGAGGGGAGAGUCUUGGACCAUUGAUUACUUUCAUUUUGCUCCCCUUAGACUGUUGGCUGUGUAUGUGAAACUUAUAAUGAAAAGAGGGUUGCCCUGCCCAGGUGCUCCCAGAACAUGUACUGUAAUUCUUUGUAUAUAGAAGAAAAAUUACUGUAAAGUAAAGUUUAACUUUACUCUCGA